AUGAACAGUGAAACACACCGAUCUGGAAAAGUUGUCAUUGUGGGAGAUGGAGCCUGCGGUAAAACAUGUCUGCUCGAGGUGUUUAGAAGAAACCAGUUUCCUGAAACAUACAUCCCAACCGUUGUCGACAACUUCGUGAAGGAAGUGAAGGUCGCUGACGACAAAUAUGUUUCCUUAGCCUUAUGGGAUACUGCAGGGCAAGAGGAUUAUGAUACAAUCAGGCCUCUUUCAUACAAGGAGACAGAUCUUGUACUACUGUGCUAUACAAUAGAAAACAAGAAGAAAAUCCCAAACAUCUCAAGAAAAUGGCUGAUGGAGAUAAAGAACUACUGCCCCUCGUCGCAAUUCUUUCUUAUCGGGUUGAAGAAGGAUAUAAGGGAUAUGGAUGAUCCGACAAUCGACAAGUCGUCAAUAGUCACGGAAAGCGAGGGUCGGAAGAUCGCAGAUAAUAUCAAUGCUGCGAGGUUUUUUGAGUGCUCUGCCCGUACCAGAGAAAACGUGAACCUUGUAUUCGUGGAAGCCGCAAAGUAUAUAUGGGACACGAAGCAGGCUGCUUCUGAUGCCAGAUCGUGUGGCUUUUUUUCGUGCAUAAGAUGCUGCCGUUAUAGAUAG